GGGGGCACAGGCGGGCACAAGUGGAGAUUAGAGGAGCGGUGUCGUUGGGUUAGACUCCAAGUGACACCCCUUCCCCCACUGCAUCCUGUGCCUGGGGUUCAGUGGGGUGCACGUGGUGACCCGGGGAUGGGAGGGAGACAGCAUGGCAACCUUGUUUCAGCCAGGAGUCCUUCAAGCUCCAGAUAUCCUGAGCCCAGGUCCCCCCAGCUCAGUGCAGCCAUGAGUGCCGAGGUGAAGGUGACAGGGCAGAACCAGGAGCAAUUUCUGCUCCUGGCCAAGUCGGCCAAGGGGGCAGCGCUGGCCACACUCAUCCACCAGGUGCUGGAGGCCCCUGGUGUCUACGUGUUUGGAGAACUGCUGGAUAUGCCUAAUGUUAGAGAGCUGGCUGAGAGUGACUUCGCUUCCACAUUCCGCCUGCUCACGGUGUUUGCUUACGGGACAUAUGCUGACUACUUAGCUGAAGCCCGGAAUCUUCCCCCACUCACAGAGGCUCAGAAGAAUAAGCUUCGACACUUAUCAGUCGUCACCCUAGCUGCCAAAGUCAAGUGUAUCCCCUAUGCAGUGUUGCUGGAGGCCCUUGCCCUGCGUAACGUGCGGCAGCUGGAAGACCUUGUCAUUGAGGCCGUGUAUGCCGAUGUGCUUCGCGGCUCCCUGGACCAGCGCAAUCAGCGGUUAGAGGUUGACUACAGCAUUGGGCGGGACAUCCAGCGCCAGGACCUCAGUGCCAUUGCCCGAACCCUACAGGAGUGGUGUGUGGGCUGUGAAGUAGUGCUGUCAGGCAUCGAGGAGCAGGUGAGCCGUGCCAACCAGCACAAGGAGCAGCAACUGGGCCUGAAGCAGCAGAUUGAGAGUGAGGUCGCCAACCUUAAAAAAACAAUUAAAGUUACAACGGCAGCAGCAGCCGCAGCCACAUCUCAGGACCCUGAGCAACACCUGACUGAACUGAGGGAACCAGCUGCUGGCACCAACCAGCGCCAACCCAGCAAGAAAGCCUCAAAGGGCAAGGGGCUCCGAGGGAGCGCCAAGAUUUGGUCCAAGUCGAACUGAAGGGAUUGUCGUUUUUUUCCCCCUGGGGAUAUGGGGUCCCAGCUGCCUGCCUGCCCCUUAGGAGUCCUCAAAGAGCCUUCCUGUGCCCCUGGCCAGCUGAUAAUCCUAGGUUCAUGACCUUUCACCUCUCUUCUUCUCUCCCCCACCCCCAAGCAAAGAUCACACCUUCUCUAGGGAGGAGGCAAGUACAAGUCAUGUUUUUGUUGGUACUUUUUGUUUUAUGUGACUUUCUUAUGUGUCCCAUUAUCUCCCUCACCUUCCCUACCAUGCUCUCUCUCCUAUAUUUUUCAGAGACAGCACCUGUCCUUGUUUAUUAUGUCAUUGAGUAGGUGGGGCUGCUGUGUCUCCAGUAUAACCCACGUGUGUUCCUUGUCCUACCUCCCUACUCUUGCAUGACUAAUCCCCAGUUCCUGCUGCCUACCCCCAGCCUAUUUGGGCAGCAUCACAGAGCCACAGGGCUCCCACCUUUGUUCCCACCCUGAGAGUUCUGGGAGUCAGUCUGCCAUUCUAGGAGUCACUGGACACUUUCAUCCUAGAAUUCUGUCACACUACAGUCAUUUCCUUUCUUUUCACCUCCCCGUGGGUCCUGGGAAUGCUGCUGCUUCAAUGACCCCAGGGCAGCUGUUUCUUGAGAUGUUGAGAGAUGGUUCUUUCUUGGCCCUGGCUAUCUUAGAAAGCCUGAUGGCAAUUCUGGAAGGAUUUAUACUUCCUUUUGUGAGUUUUGUGAGGAAGGAAAGAGGAUAUAGAUUGUAUUAAAAAAAAUAAAAGUAUAUAUAUCUUUAUAUAUAUAUAUCUAUAUAUAUAUAACAUAACACAGAAAUAAAUCUAUGAGACGUCUAUCUACAAACAUGCCCUGAACUGGGUAUCUUCUGUCUUUCAUACUUGUGGAUGGGAAGAAGGUUCAUUGCCAGUCUGCUCUAAAGCAAAGUGCUAGACAUUGAAGAGAACCAGAGACUACGUGCAUGACUUUGGACAAAUUGCUCAGUAUCUCACCAGCAUUCAUUCAGAAGUAGUGAAUACUUCAUGAGCGCCAGCGUGACAGGCACUGGAGAUGCAAAGUGACGGUCACUGUCCUGGCUCCCAAGGAGCUGGAGUUCAGCCUGUGUCCUUCCACCGUAGAGAAUUAUGAGGGGAAAAGUUGACAGUACACUUCAGUUUUUGCAUCAAAACCACAGAACUCUCAGAUCUGCAGUAAGCAGCAGCAGUUAGGCUCUUGCCCUCUGUCCAAGGCAGAGCCUCCCUAACAUUGUGUUGAGAGGAUUGGUCUUGGCCUAGUACACUGCUGUGCACUUCCGAGAAUUGGGAAGCUCUAGUGUAAGGGGUGGUUGACAAGCAGUUGCCUCCUGAGGGUCCCAGUGUUGACUAAGUUGCUCUCCAGAGCUUGUGCUAUUCUCUAAGUGGAGAUUUAGGACAGACAACUCUACUGGUCCUAAAGUUAUCAAUCAUAGAACUAAAACGUGAGGGUGGAACCCUGAGUUUUUUAUUAAAGUGGGCUGGGUAAGCAUAUUGUCUUGAGGGGGCAAUAGAGACUUCCUGGAACCAGUCCAUUGAGCCCUAUUUCAGGAGUUGGAACUCGCUUCUCAUUUUAGCUUUUUCCUAGACAGGCAUGUUGAGCCUGUUGCAUCUUGAUUCUGUCUCUGCCUCUGAAAUAAACCCUUUCUUCCUCCAAUCCCCUCCAAUGUAUAGAAGCUGCUCAUUCCUGGUGCUUUAAACCUGUCUCCCCUUCCUCUGCUCAUGUCCCAGUGUUUCUCUUGAACUUAGUAUCUCAUUUUCCUGCAAGCUGGUUCCAGCUAAUGUCUCCAUAACUUCCUGACCUCUAGUUCCAUUCUUUAGUGAUGGCUCUAAAGUCUAGUGUGGGCUGGGCUGGGACUGCCUGACUUAAUAGCCAAAGAAGGAGGAGGACCAUUCACAGCCCCAAGAACAUUCAAAUGCAAUUUGUCUUUGAUUUGCAAAAAUGGGCUCCUGGCUACCAAGGCAUGGAGAAGAGGGAGCAGAGCAUUUGUGAGCUGUUUUUGAGCAUGAAAUUUGGUUCCGGAUUUAAGGAUUCUAUGUAUAACUAAGCCCAGGGCACCAAGAAAAUCUUCCCAACCAAAAAUCUUAUCACCACUUGCACACUCACACACUCAUCCCUACUGUACAACAAUCUUAUAUGGCCUUGGGGCUGGACCACUAUGGUAGGUAAGAGGAGGAAGAAGAGAACUUGCUUUGAGAAUUCAGAGUUCAUGCCCGUGAAACACAUGAUACUUAAAAGAUUAAGCCAAAGUCUGUGAAGCUAAAAAUGGCAGUUGGACUGAUAUAUGCCUCUAUGCACAAGAAGAACAGAGACAAUGUCUACAGUCAGUAUUGCAUGACAUUGUGUUAAAGAGAGAAGAAAUCUCCACUUAGGUAUGGUACAUCUUCCAACUUGGAUGGUGUUUAGAGAGGCAAGUCUAGGCAGUGUAUUAGUUAUCUGUUACUGUGUACAAAUUAUUCCAAAACUUAGUGGCUUAAAACUACACAUUUAUUUUGGGACUCAGCACAACUGAGCUGAGUGUUCUGCUUUAGGGUCUCACAAGACUGCAAUCAGUGUUAAUUAGGGCCAUAUUAUUUCAAGUUUCCAAUGGGAAAGACUUGGUUCCAAGCACACUCAGUGAUUGUUAGCAGGAUUCACUACCUCAUAGGUGGUUGGAAUGAAGAGCUCAUUUCCUGGCUGACUUGGUCAGAGGCCACUGAGGUAGCCCUCUCCAUCCAAGCAAGAGACCACAUCAGCAAGGUGAAAUAAUAAUCUUUUGUAACCUCAGCACAGAAGAGACAUUCUGUCACUUUUACCAGUCACUAGAUUCAGCCUAGUGACUAUCUGAAGGCAUGGAUUGCCCUGGUUGGUGUGGCUUGUUUGGGCAUCAUCCCAUACACCAAGAUUGCGGGUUCAAUUCCCAUUCAGG